CAAUUAAAAACAUGAUUAGUAUUAAAAUUAGUAGGAAUAAAGUCAUAUUAAAAUUUCCAAGAUAACGUUGCCAACUGAAAUAGACCGACAUAUGUCAGUCAAAUUGUUGAGUUGAGUUAUCAUUAUUUUCUUGAAUUAUGGACAACUCCUUGGCGAAUUUCGAGCUUACCGAGAGCACGGUUAAGGUGGGCACCGAUUCGGAGAACGGGUCGGACAAGAGCGAUGAAAUAGUUAUAUUGGACGAGGAAAACGGUAUCGAAACAAACGGUGAUAAAUCCUUAAACUUCGAUAAUAACCUACCUCCAACAGUAACACUGUUAACGCACCCAACAUCUGGUGCCAAGGUCUAUCUUGUUGGGACUGCUCAUUUUAGCAAGGAGUCCCAGGAAGAUGUCUCAUUGGUCAUUCAAACAGUAAAGCCAAAUGUAGUGAUCCUAGAAUUAUGCAAAUCCAGGACAAACAUCCUGUCGCUAGACGAGGCGACUGUCCUGGAGGAGGCCAAAAACAUCGACAGCGCAAAAAUCCUGCGCACAAUCCAAGAGAACGGCCUAUACAACGGAAUAAUGUACCUGUUGCUGCUAAACAUGAGUGCCCAUCUGACCAAGGAAAUCGGAAUGGCCCCCGGGGGCGAGUUCCGAGUGGCCUACAAAGAGGCCUCCAAACUGGAACACUGUGGCAUCCACUUGGGCGACAGGCCCAUACAUGUGACGCUGAAACGUGCCCUGUCCCGGCUCACGUGGUUCCAAACCAUCAAACUGGCCUGGCACCUGCUGACGGCCAAGGAUCCGGUCUCCAUUGAAGACAUAGAGAGGUGCAAGAACAGGGACAUGCUGGAACAACUGUUGGCCGACCUGGCCGGCGAGUAUCCGACUUUCGGGGAGGUGUUCUUAGAGGAAAGGGACGUUUAUCUUACCCAUUCACUUCAGAUGGCCGCGGUGGACAAGCUCAGGCCCAGCCCCAAAGAGAGGAACCCCAACUUUAAAGAGCCUCUUAAGGUGGUGGGAGUUGUGGGUAUAGGUCACAUGCCCGGAAUUGUAAGACUGUGGCCCAACGACCAGUCGGGCAAGAUAGAGGAGAUAAUGCACAUACCACCCCCUUCACUGACUUCAAUAGCCAUUCGGUACACCAUUAGGAUUUCCUUGUUGUCUUUAGGCGGUUAUAUGAUUUAUAAAUACGUUCGUGUGCCGAAAGUUGUCAAGACCAAUCUAGAAACGGCUGUGCACAAGUUCGUGUCCAGUUUUAAACCUGUUUGAUUGUUGCUGCAGUUUUUAUUUUGUACAUAUGUCAUGGUUUUUAGAUAUACAUACAUUCCUUUAAUACAUUUACAAGUUUUUUGGGUAAAAGGUCUUUAAUUAAUACUAAAGUUUAUUGUCAAUUUGUGAUAUACAUAUAAUUUUAUGUUUCUAUUCAACGUUAGUAUGUAUAUAAUUUUUGGAAGACUUUGUGGCAGGAUUUACAUGUUUAUUUUAAGUACGAAAUCGAACACUGCCUGUUUAUUGCACAGUUUAAAAGAACUAGAGAUUAAAAAAAUAAAAACUGAUAGCAUAAGACUGUAUAAACUUGUUUCUAUUAGCUUAGAUCAAAUACUUGUAUUUUAUUUUUUUACUCUCUCAAAACUAUUAAUCAGUUCUCCUAAAUAUUUUUAUGUAACAUUUAGUUUUUUGUACGAAAACAUCGUGGAAUGUGGGAAUAAAUAUUGAGAUUCUG